AUGUCAGAGCAAAUAUUAAUUAAGAAAAGAAGCCACAUUAAGGCCAAAUUAACUCGAUUCAUCAAUUUUUUGAACGACUGUGACAACGACGAGCAAAAAAGACAAGAAACACAAUCGCGUCUGGAAAAAAUCGAGUUAAUAUGGAAAGAUUUUGACGCGGUGCAAACCGAAUUAGAAGAUUUAAACGAAACUGAGCUGGAAGGCGAGGAACGCGAUUCAUUUGAAAAUAAAUUUCAUCGCGCAAUCACUACAGCCAGAAAUAUAAUUUCAACAUUACAAAGCAGGGCGGCGCCUCAAGAGCAGCGAGUUCAAAUGUUGAAUCAACCCAUUAACAUAAUCCAGCCAAACAAAAUGCGCUUGCCUACGAUUGAAAUUCCAAAAUUUGACGGCAGCUGGGAAGAGUGGCUGCCAUUUCGUGAUACCUUCACGUCCAUGAUUCACGACAAUGAAGCACUGCCCGCCAUUGACAAGUUGUAUUACUUAAGAUGGGCUUUAGUAGGAGAUGCGUACAAGCUCAUCGAAUCAUUAGAGAAUCACGUUCAAGCAUUGAUAAACUUCCCAUGCAUUUCAAAGGAAUCGCAUUCCUCGCUCCGCCAGUUAGUAGAUACGACAUUGCAACAUAUACGUACGUUAAAGCGAUUAGAGCAGCCCACGGAUAGUUGGGACACACUACUUAUUCAAUUAUUUAUACCAAAACUAGAUAGCAAUACUCGACGUGAGUGGGAGUCUGAAAGAGCAGAUAAGGAAGAGCUUCCAAGGAUGGAAGACUUUAUUAAUUUUCUGGAAACAAGAUGCUCCUUCUUAGACGCCUUAACACGCACUAGUAUGCUUAAUUUGUCAAAGAGUGUACAGGGUCAUUCUAAGCAGCAAGCUAUCAAACAAUCUAGCCAAAUCCAAGCUCACUUUAGCACGGAAAGUUCAACUUGUCCAAUUUGUCAGAAUACGCACAGAAUAUUUGAAUGCCUCAUAUUUCGCAACAUGUCAACACAAGCUCGUCAUGAAAGAGUUAAGAGCAGUAAAUUGUGUUACAAUUGUUUGAAACCAUUUCACGAUAAAAAAUGCACUUCAGGCUCAUGUAAGAAGUGCCAUAAAUAUCAUAAUACCUUGCUCCAUUUCGACAAAGCUGCUGAUUCGAAUGGCUCUCCAACGAAAAUCGAAAAGGACAAAGAAGCCGCAAGGCAGCAUACUUCAAAUCUUUCAGCAGAAUCUAAUAAUUCGGCCGAGUCUAGUAGUAGUAAACAAAGUGUAAACAAUUCCUUAUCUUCUUGUCAUACGCAAGGUUCCUUUUCGCACGUCUUGUUGUCGACAGCAAUAGUUCACAUGCGUGGCCAUUCUGAUAAAUUGUAUGAAUGUAGAGUCUUGUUAAAUUCGGAAUCGCAGUCCAAUUUUGUUUCGCGGGAGUUGUGCGAGCGCUUAAGACUGCCUCAACGAAAUAAACAUACAAUCAUAGCCGGAGUCAACAACGCUUCGUCUACAUCGCAGAAUGAGACAACCGCUACAAUUUAUUCAAGAUUUAACAAAUAUCAAGAAACAUUAUCAUUUUUAGUACUAGACAAGGUCACUAAUAAAAUGCCAGCAAUGACUAUUGACGUGGAUUCAUUUUAA